AUGUCAGGCAGAGGAAGGUCUACUAGCCUCGCUGGUCAACCAUUACUUCCAAGUCCCAGCACAACUCCUCAUCAAAGACGACCAUCUUAUGGCGACGAAGCUCAUAGUCCUCUACCAACUAUAAAUGAUGAGUUCGGUGGAAUGGCUGCUGAUCUCCUCCUGAACUAUCCUGUAUAUAACGACUCGGAACUCACUCGUCUCGCAUCAUCGUCAUCAAAUCGACGAGAGGGUGACACUGGGCCACCAAGCAAGAACACCUAUUAUAGUAAUGGCAGUGGCGGCAAUUCAAACCAAAUGAUGAUCAAUACAUCAUUCCCAAAUGAUUCUUCACGAGAUCCUGAGUGGGCUACAACACGUCUUCCUGGUUCAUUACGACCAUCGUUUAUAAAUCAUCCAAGUAAUACUAACGGCACUCAUAUGAGUGCUAGUAGUUUCAGCACCAUAGGAGCAGGCUCUGUCAUAGAUGCAUCUAGUCGUGCUCUGCCUCGCAACUAUGGUGGUCAUCGUCGUCCAUCCGCUGAUACCGAUGGCCUUGCAUACGCUCCGUCACUAUCUCCUCAUGAUGCUGAUGACAGACGACCAUCUGACGCCACUGAAAACGAAUACGAUCAACAUGGGUAUCUCGUGUCUAGUGGUAACUACACUUCUAGCAAUACUACAAUUGGAUUGCUGAAUGGUCGUCGCAAUACAGAAUCAUCCAUGCUAGAUACUGAUUUCAUGCUUGAACAAGAACCAAUGAUGCAUGAAGGAACGCCACGUAUUGUGCUUAAUACUGCUGAACGUAGAUCGGGUGUAGAUGGCUUGCUGCGUGGUGAAUCAUAUAGCGUCAAACAACCUGCUAGAGUUGUUUACUAUACUUCUCAUGGAUCUCGUGUGAAUUUUUAUUUGCAAAAGGAUGAAUCUACUAUUGGCAGGAAGGAAGACAAUACAAUUGUCUUAUCGGAUGCCAAGAUCUCAAAAUAUCAUGCCUCUAUCAAGAAAACAGAUAUUGCCUUUUUUAUACGAGAUCGUAACUCUUCAAACGGUGUUCGAGUAAAUGGAACCUUACUAGACCCAACCAAACCAACACUGCUCGUCCACGGAGAUGUCAUCAACAUUGGAAUGUGCGUCCUCACAUUCUACGACAUCCCCGAGCGAGCAGCUCAUAAACCAGAACCUGAUCUCCCCCUUUUCGCAUUCGACUCACUAAGUCGAGCAACUGUGGGGCGUCGUCAACAACACCCAUUAAAGAGUCAGAGCUUGGCCGAGCUCGUGACCAUAUUACCGUCCGAUAACAAGUUUUACGAAAACAAGUUUAUGAUACGGGAGGAAGUUCAAAUGGAGACUUCUUCUUCAUUGGACUUUGCUCCUGCUGCUAACAUUGAUGAUGCAGCCAUGCUGGCUGAAGAUUAUGAGAAAUUGAGGUUGACGUACGAGUUGAGUAAGGUAUCUGUUACUGAGGAUAUUACUGAAUUGCUGGAGCGUUCUUUGGAGCUUAUUUUCCAGAUUUUGAUGGUUGAUCGUGGUGUCAUCUUGUUGGUGGAUCGAGCUACUGGAAUCUUGGCUACUCAUCUUGUCAAAUUGAGGCCUGGAUCUGAUCCUGAUGUUCGAGAGAUCAUGCUCAGUUCUACCAUUCUCAAGAAGGUGCUUCAGUCUCGAAUUGCACUGAUUACAAGUGACGCAACACGAGAUCCAAAUCUAGAACGAAGUGCAUCAGUCAGACAAGGCUCUAUUCGAAGUGUGAUUUGUAUGCCUUUGAUUGCUCACAAUAAGAUUCAUGGCAUACUACACUUGGACGCAAUCGACAAAAUCAAUUACUUCAACAACAAGGACUUGUCACUUGUAAAAGCCAUCUGCAAUCAGACUGCAGUAGCUAUCGAAAACGGUAUCCUAGUCAAAGAAGUCCAAAACAAGGCCCGCCUGACUGAAAACUUGAGUCGCUUCUUGUCGCCUCAUGUUGUACUAAAAAUGACUGAAAAGGAUGGAAUACAUGCUAUUCGACGUGGCGGUGGUCGUGAGACUAUGGGUACUAUUGUGUUUGUUGAUAUACGUGGAUUUACGAAUAUGAGUGAAAAGUCACCUGCUGCUGAUGUGGUGGAGUUGUUGAACGAGUACUUUGAGAGACUCGUCAAGGUCGUUUUCAACUAUGACGGAGUCGUCGACAAGUAUAUUGGUGAUGCUUUGAUGGCUACAUUUGGUACCCUACAAGGAGAAACAGACGCUGAAUUCCGUGCAGUCUGUGCAGCCUUGGACUUUCGUCGUCAAAUCGCAGAGCUCAACAUGGAAAGGAAACGUCAAAAUAAGCAGCCUAUUGUUAUAGGUGUUGGCGUCAAUACUGGUUCGUGUCUAGCAGGCUUCAUAGGCUGCUCAUCACGUCUCGAGUAUACCGUAAUUGGAGACUCUGUAAAUACAUCAUCACGUAUAUGUUCCAUGGCUGGUGAAAACCAAGUAUUGAUUGCCGAGUCUACAUACGAGUCUGUCAAAAACCGUGUCGAGUCUCGCUUUUUGGGCAAGAAGAAACUCAAGGGCAAGAUUCAUGAUGUUGGUGUAUAUGAAGUUAUUACUGCAAGAGCUGGUUUGCAAACACAAGUCAGUUGGAAGUAG